UUUUUGAUCUGUCAUCUGUCACUCAUGUCACUGUCACAACAUUAAUAUACUGACUACAGACUGACGUGUAGAAGUGAAAAUUAAAAUUGAUAAAGUUUAAUCACUUUUAAAACAAAAAUUUGUAGUGUAUUUUCAACAAAAUAAGGAAAAAUGACGUAUGUUACUGGUGGGCAGGUACAACAAAAUCCACCUAUAUUUACAAGGAUUUCUAAGUUUUUUGAUGGAGUAAUACAUUUUGUCAUGAACUUCUUCUUAACAUUGAUUCCAAUUGAAUAUAAUGCCCAGAGCAGCUCAAGUGGUUCUAGUUCCUCUAGGGGCAGUACUCUUGGUCGUGGAGGAGGUGGAGGUGGAGGGGGUGGAUGGGGCGGAAGACCUGGACCUGGAGGUGGUGGAAAUGGUGGCGCCAGAUUUAGAACAAUGAGGGACAUCAAUCCUCCAACUGUAGGUGGUUGUGCAGGUGGAUCAUGUGGGAUGUAAAAUGUAUCCUAAAGUCAAAUGGGGUUUCCCUAAUAUUAUAAAUUCUAGUUUUAUGUGAAUCGCAAUUAUAUUAUAUGUAUAAAGGUCUAUUUUUAUGUUAGAUUUACUAUGGUUCUGAUUUAUUAUAGUUAAUAAAAGUAAUUUAUAUGUG